AAGGAGUUCUAUGGUGUGAGAGGCACAGUUCCACAAGAGCUUGCGGUCCGUUACCUUCGGCCACACCGAGACAUACCAACAAGGUGUUCUCUUCACAUUUCCCACUGAGUGAAAACUGGAUUCUUCAAGAAUGCGGCUUUCCACCGUGUUCGAACUCCUCUUGAUAUUCCUUUUUAUCGCUUUCGCCGCGUCGAGGAAUGUCGGAAGCAAACAUUCCAAAAAGGACAUCGGAUUGAGGCAGGUGCCAGGAACCAAGCCGGCGAACGCGCCCAACCGCUAUUGUCAAUGCGCCAACCUCAUGUGCAACUGCUGCAGGGAUUUCUCACUUCCAGUCGUAUCUAUCAAAGGACCUGGCUGCGCGACGAUAACCUACCUAAACGGUGACUCGAUGCGACUCACGAUGAGCUUCGGCGACAGGGUGCUGAGAAACAUGACAUUAACAGGUAAAAAGCCGAGACCGGUCUGCAUGGGUCUUCCUGGUGGGGUGUCCAAGUUCUGCGGGAGGAUCUACGGCAUCCAGAGGGACGGUGAACAGUUCAAAGCGUGCCUUGCGCUGGAAUUGCGCGCCCUGGACGACGUCGAAGCCGCCCUGAGGGUGUCGUGUUUCAAAUUCGGCCCUCAAGGAGUUAAAUUGGAACCAGGUAAACCGAUUCCGGUUUCGAGCGGUGAAGAUGAAGACGAAGACGACGAUGACGACGACGACGAUUAUGGUUUGAGCGAUGAUGAUGACGACGACGACGACGAUGACGACGACGAUGACUUCGGACUGAGCGACGACGACGACGACGACGACGAUGCGGAAAAUGAUGUCGAUUCAGGUGAUUACACCGGUUUCAGCGCUCUGAGCGAUGAAUUCCUCGACGGUUUCUUCGGCUCGUCCAGCAGCAAAAAGAAAAAAAAAGUGACCCAGGUGCAGAAAACCACGACCGCUGCCAACCCGUCGCCGACAAAGCUUGCGACGACUACGGACAACCCUCCGGCACCUUCGACUUCGACGAUGAAAUCCGUAUCCGAGGUUACGACAGUCACAGAAACGACCGCUACCGAAGAGUCGACUUCCUCGGCCGCCGAACAGAACCCGGGAACAGUUGUAGCGAUAAAACAUUCAACGCAAAUGAACGUUAACGUCUUACAGAACGGCAAUCCGAUGAACACUACUGAAAAAACGAUGCGGCCGCCUUCGACCCAGACAGAGACUGCCUCGAAACAAGAAUCCGUCACCGAUCCGGUUGUCGAUCUUUCGGAAAACGCCGUGAACGACGACGUCACCACUCAGAAACCGCAUGUCGAAGUCGUCAAAGUCGAAGAAUCCACCGGGCUCGGCGAUAAAAAUAAAGAGGCGGCGAAUAAAGAAAAAGAAAAAGAAGAAGAAGAGGAAGAAGAGGAAGAAGAAGAAGAAGAGGGAGGAGAAGAAGUAGAAGAAGGAGAAGAAGAAGAAGAAGAAGACGAUUCGACGGAAAAAAGUGGAAUCGUUCUUGAUGCGACUUCGGACGGCGAGUCCUUGGACGGAGAAAAAGAAGACGAAGAAGAAUUCCGCCAACUUCGAAGUUACGUUCCGAAAGGCGACUAUCGGACGAUGACUCUGGAAGAACAGGAGAAAAGAUUCCCCGGCCUCUCAGCACUGAUUCGGCCUUCCCCUUUCAACUCUUAUCCGAAGGAAAGAAUGAUUCCCAUACCUGUCCUCACGGGAUACUUCGCACCGCCCAAACAGGACUACACUUCCUUCGCGUUUCCUCCUGUCAGGAGUGCAAGGCAGCACAAGCGGAUGAGGCUCCCACCCUUGGCCAGAUCCUAAGUGUGACAUCCACCCUAAACUCUUAACGACAAGACUUUAACCCCCUUUGUCAUGGGGAGUCGCCACUCCCCGCCUCGCAGGGGCCUUCACUAAGACUUAUUUAUUUGUGAGAAAAACAUAUUUAUUGUCUAGUUUAUAGUUAUUUAUUAUUUAUGAAAUAAGUUAAAAACCGAGUCAUUAAAGUUUUUAAUUAACACGCUUUGGACUUUUCAUCCUGUGCUCUUAGUUGCAAUUUCCAGAUCGAAAUUUCUUAUUAAAUAAAGUUGCGUUCAUGUUUGCA